AUACGAGUACGCUAGUUUGACGGUAAGUUAAUUUUAAUUUUGUACAUGGUUUAAGUAACUUGAUAACAAUACCUACGUUUCAUAUAAAAUAUCAUAGAAAUGUUACAAAAGUGUUUGGUAUCCAGUGGCUGGGCCAGGCCCGCUGGGCUGCCCUAUGUAAUAAACACAACACAUGAGAUUUUUUGUUCUCGGCGCCUUCUAGAAACGUGGGGCCUGCGCUGCCCUUCGCAGCCUGCCCCCCCGGGCCAUGGCCCCCUUGGCCCUAGGAUAAAUACGUCCCUAUUUGUAUCCAAUAGGAACCUACCUACUCAUUGUUUACUUAUAAAGAAAUUAAUUAUGCUCUAAACCUUAAUUACAAAAUUAGUCUUUAAAAAAGCAUUCGGACCGUUCAGCCUUAAGAGGAAACUAUUAGGCUUAGAGAUGAGAUCGGCUCUUCACGAUGUUUUUAUUCUUAACAGAGCUGCUUACUGUUAGGUAGGUCAGGACCUACUCAAUUAGAUAGCCUACCUUACCUACCUAAAAACCUCUAAGAAGCAUGACAAACUAACUAGUCUCUUUUUAACUAGCAUUCUAAUUAAUAAAUAUGAAACCAGGGAUGCUAAGCGGCGGACGGGCGAGGGUGCCAAAAUGUGCCCGGUGCCGCAACCACGGGCUCAUAUCCAGCCUUCGAGGACACAAGAAGGCUUGCCGCUACCGCACCUGCCAGUGCCCGAAGUGCGGACUCAUCAAGGAGCGGCAGCGUAUCAUGGCGGCUCAGGUAGCCUUAAAGAGGCAGCAGGCAGCGGAAGACAAAAUAGCCCUGCAUCUGGCCUCCGUUGAAAGCGGGACUGCGCUGGAGGCGCUGCCCCCUGGCCGCAUAUACGGCAUGAGGGUCACCGGGCCAUGUCCAAGCCCUGACCAGCCCGAUUCAGCGGCCGAUGACCACACGCCUAUACACAUCGACAGCGAGACGAGCGAUUCUCUGCCCGACUGCUGCGCGGCUUCUCCGGAUUCCUGCGGCAACACCUCAACCUCUCCGAGGCCACGUGUUAGUGGCAGCGAAGAAGCCGAGGCAGAAGCUUCCGUGAGCACAGCAGGUCUCGAGAUGCUGAGCAAGUUGUUCCCGGGCAAGAAGCGCUCAGUGCUGGAGCUAGUUCUACGUCGGUGCAAUCACGAUCUGCUGCGUGCUGUUGAGCAUUGCAAUGUGCAACAUGCCCAAACCGACAAAACAUUACUGGCCAGCGCCGGUGCAAGCACCAGCUACGAUUCCGUAUCGAGCUCCGAAGAGCGCUGGUCAGCUUUUAGACCAGUCGGGCCGCGGCCAUUGCUACAGCAACUACCUGCGUUAGUCAUGGGCCGGGUCUGUGGUUCAGAGUGGUUGGUGCCCCUGCCUGCGCUGCCGGCGCUGUCUGGACCUCUGCUACUGCCAUUGCAGCAUCAACCUCCGGUGUGCAACCCCUGCACGCCUGACUGUAGGCAAUGUAAUCGACACUAAAUUGGAUAAGUUGUAAAGAGGAAGCUAAUUGUCUGUAUUUAUCGGGAACCGACUGUUUUCCGGCCUGUCGGACCACGGCCAUUGCUGCAACCACUAGUACCUGCGCUAGUCAUGGGUUGAGUGACUCGAGUGUGCUGCUAUGAGGUAGUGUUACCUACCUCUGCCUGCGCUGCCGGCGCUGUCCGGACCCUUACUGCUGCCGUUUGCGUUUGCCUGUUUGCAACCCCUGCCACCAGCCUGCCACAGAAUAAAUUAUAGUACUCCUGCGGCAAUGUUAUUUAAUCGACAUUAAAUUUGAUAAAUUUUAAGUACUUAAUUGAAUUCAAAUUUAAUUUUAAUUAUUAAGAUAAGAUAAUUAUUAAGGUUAUAUAUUUAGGCUUAUUGAUUAUUUUUAAUGCCAAAGAAAAUUGCCAAAUAUUAGUUAUGUAUGUACUAUA